AUGGCCAGUAAACCGUCGGAUCAAGAGAUAUCGCAGUCAGUACUGGAUUUUGUCACAAACGGUACUUAUCCAGAGUCGGAGAAGGUUAUAGCCGCCGAAUUUCCCGUGUCUGCCCUUUCCAAGGAGUUGGAUCUUCUAGCGAAAGCUAGAGCGCAAGUCGAGGCCGAGAUUAGCUCAUUAAGUCGAGAGAAUUAUUUCGAUGCAGAUGGCUGGAUCUCGCAAGCCAAACAGCUUCACGCGGACAUCGAACGGUCCAAGGUUACUGCACGAGAGAUAGUCGCGCAGCAUGAGAACACAAAACCACUGCAAUCCAAGGUUGAGGAUGCCGCUGCCAAAGUUCAAUUGAUUGAAACCGAGAUUGCAUUUAAUCAGGCUGUGACGAAUACUCUGGAAGUAGUGCAAAGACUAUGCCAGCAACUUGACGACGGAAGGGCCAUCCUUAAAGAAGGCCAAGUCAUAGACGCAAUUGAUACGUUGGAAGCAGCAGAGUGCUUUAUCAAAAAAGACAGUCUCUUUACUAACACCACUGUGUUGCUCCUAUUAUCAGAAAAUAUUAGUGAGCUACGGAGUGAGAUUGCUGAGUACUUGCGUAAUCGCUGGAAUGAACAGUUAAGCAUUGACGAAAAGGAAGCUAAAUUAGUCGUUCUAAAAGACAACGACCAACUGGAGGAAACUAUUACAGCACUGACCCGAUUGGAGAUACUCGCUCCUGCUAAGAGUAAAUUCCAGAAAGAUCUGGUUACUGCCAUUAUCGAACCGAUAUUACUACCAGGUGUCGAUGGCUAUAUCCGUGAAGUGCAUGUUGAGGAAUCCACUAUCCAGGUUGAUCCCCAACCAUCAAAGGCCUCUGUUCCUGAUGCUUUGGGACACAUAGCCAGUGUCCUAGGCUUCCUUCGCAAACGCCUGCCCACAUCAGCUCUGGAUUCGUUUUCGAAAACUUUCAUCCCUAUACUUUCAUCAAAGAUUAUAGCAUCCUUGUUAUUGUGUGCGAUUCCUACGGGACUUGAAGGCCUAACUGAAUUUGAGAGCACUCUUGACCACGUUCUGGAAUUUACCAACACCAUUAAAACCUUUGGUUGGCAUGGUCAGGAAGAGCUUGUUUCUUGGGUCAAUCAAGCCCCUCGACUCUGGCUGACGAGACGGCGAGUUGAUUCAUUGGAUCAGGUUCGCAAGGUUCUAGCUGCCAGUCAGGGCAGCACAAAACGAGUUGAAAGAGUAGAAAAGGAAAAGGUUUCCGAUACAGAUGAGGCUUUACUGGAAAACGCUACUUCUGAUGACUGGGAUGCCAGUUGGGAUAACGAUAUCGGAGAUGAGCACCAAGAAACGCGUGCCGAAACCAAGGACGAUGAAGAAGACGUUAGUGCCUGGGGCCUUGAUGACGAUACCAAGGACAUUGCGGAAACACCAGCCGAUGCCUCUGUGUCUGCCGAGGACGAUGGGGCUGAUGCUUGGGGCUGGGGCGACGAAGACGAGGAACCACCAGUUGCUGAUUCUCAACCUAAGCACUCCGACGUUGGAAACUCUGUGAACAGCAAGGGUACAGCACAGCAUGCUUCCCCGCACGAAGUCACCUUGAGAGAACAAUACACUGUAACCGACAUUCCCGAUGCUGUUCUCGCGAUCAUUCGACAACAAGUGAUUGAUUCUAAUUCAAUAACGCAUCCCGCGUAUGUACUACCCGGUAAUCACCUGCAUACCUCUAUGUACUCAUUUUAUGUCAGGCAUUCCCAUUCGCGGGUAGUCUCUUCUGGGACUGGUCUACUUGCGCUUCCGACUUUAGUUCUGGCCAUGUUUAAAGCCACAGCAACGUCAUUCUAUGGUCUUAAACUCAACGCCGGGCAGAUGUACUUAUACAAUGACAGUUUAUACCUUGCAGACCAAGUCCGUGGUGUUGCAGAUGAAUAUCAGCUCACAAAACUCCGAACUGACAUCGAGGCCCUUGAAAGAUUCGGCAAACUAGCCUAUAGCAAGGAGAUGCAGACCCAACGUACUAUUGUGACCGACCUCCUCGACGGCACGCAGGGUUUUAGCCAGUGCUCAGAGCAACCUUUCUUAGGGGAAUGCGAAAAUGCAGUAAGCGCGACAGUUGACAGAAUUCGUGACGUCUACAACGAGUGGCAACCAAUUCUAUCUCGCUCUGCGCUUCUCCAGUCGAUCGGGUCUCUAGUGUCGACGGUCAUUAAUAAGAUCGUCAUGGAAAUAGAAGAAUUAGGUGAUAUAUCGGAAACUCAGUCUGGACGACUUGUGUCAUUCUGCAAUCAAGUGUCGAAACUAGAGGAUCUGUUCAUACCUGAGAUGCCAGAGAACGCUGAGCGCGUACCAAUGACCGCCGUCUACGUGCGCAACUGGCUGAAGUUCCAGUACUUAAUCAACAUCCUGGAGAGCUCCUUAGCGGAUAUCAAGUUCCUCUGGCUGGAAGGGGAACUUCGCCUAGAAUUCUCGCCUGAAGAGGUGAUAGAUUUGAUUGAGGCUCUCUUUGCCGAAUCCGACCACCGACGAAAGACAAUAGCGGAAAUUUGGCGAGUCUCCAGGAAUCCGUAG